AUGGCAUGCAUCUCUUAUCUAAGGAGUGUCAUGAGUAACUCAUCCAAGCUAGAAAGGCGCUCAGCUCUUAUUGAGGGUCUUAUGUGCGAGUACCAGAGAGGAAUCAAUGGUGCCGACAGUCAGAACGACACUGAUUGCGAAGGAGCCAAGGUCUUUAAGCUAUUAGAGAGUGCUGCGGAACCUGAAUUCCUAAUGGCAGAUAUGAGUAUAGAGCAGCUUACAUCUUUCACUACAUAUAAAGCAAAAUUUGAGGUAGAAUAUUGUUGUCUGCCUUUUCUCGAUAGAUCGUCUCGCGCCAAAUUGAUUAUGCUUGAAUCUGAACUUCAGGCAGCCAUGCAAAUGCAAAUGGGAAAAUCAGUGACAAAAGCUCUGGAAGAUGCUGGCUUAGGUGAAAGGGAUGUCACCCCGUUCAUUAGGAUUAGGGUUGUUGGAUUGACGAGCUUAAGUUAUGAAGGAGAACACAAUCCAAAAGAGGGCAUAGUAACAAUCUGGGAUCCCACGGAGAGUCAGAUAACCGAGCUGACGGAGGGAAAAAUAUACAUAAUGAAAGGGCUAGUACCGAUAAACACAGAUUCAGAUAUACUUUACUUGCAUGGCAGAGGGUCUAGCUCAAGAUGGCAGCCUUUGUCUCCAAAAGCUUCAGAAAGUUUUCAGCCCUUUUUCAACCCCCGUAAACCAAUAUCUUUGUCAGAUCUCGGUGAAAUUCCUAUUUCAAGUGAAUUUGAUAUCGCUGCGUACGUUUUAUAUGUGGGAGAUGCAUACACUGAUGUUCAGCAAACGAGGCAGUGGGUGUUUGUAACAGAUGGAUCCACUCAACACUCAUAUUCAGGGGAAAUCUCGAAUAAUCUUCUUGCUAUAAGCUUCAGCGCCCCAUCCACGAAUGACUUAUCCAUUCCCCAAAUCAGCAAUAAUCUCGUCGGAUCCGUGGUAGGAUUCUGCAAUCUAAUAAAAAGAGCAAAGGAUGUGCAAAACGCCAUUUGGGUUGGUGACGCAACAGAGAACUCAAUCUACUUCAUAAACGCAGAAGCUGCUUACUCCUCUCACCUCAAAACCAACAGUGCCCAAAUCCUAAAAUGGGCUAAGCUCUCUUCUUCCAACUCUGUGAUCCAUGCACUUCGGCAGAGAGUUCGGUCUAUAGUCAGUCAGUGA